CGCCGGCCGCCUCGCUCCGCUGCGCCUGCGCAGGCGCCGAGGGGUCGGGGUCGGGGUCGGACUCAGAAAUGGCAGCCUCCAUGUUCUCCAGCCGGCUGCUGGCCGCCGCCACCCUGAGGAGCCACCCGCCCCGGACGGCGCUGCGGGCCGCCGCCCAGGUUCUGGGAAGUUCUGGAUUGUUUAACAACCAUGGACUUCAAGUACAGCAACAACAACAAAGGAAUCUCUCACUACAUGAAUACAUGAGUAUGGAAUUGUUGCAAGAAGCUGGAGUCGCCAUUCCCAAAGGACAAGUGGCUAAGUCACCAGAUGAAGCUUAUGCAAUUGCCAAAAAAUUAGGUUCAAAAGAUGUUGUGGUAAAGGCACAGGUUUUAGCUGGUGGUAGAGGAAAAGGAACAUUUGAAAGUGGCCUCAAAGGAGGAGUGAAGAUAGUUUUCUCUCCAGAAGAAGCAAAAGCUGUUUCCUCACAAAUGAUUGGGAAAAAGUUGUUUACCAAGCAAACAGGAGAAAAGGGCAGAAUUUGCAAUCAAGUGUUGGUUUGUGAGCGAAGAUAUCCCAGGAGAGAAUACUACUUUGCAAUAACAAUGGAAAGGUCAUUUCAAGGUCCUGUAUUAAUAGGAAGUUCUCAAGGUGGUGUCAACAUUGAAGAUGUUGCUGCAGAGACUCCUGAAGCCAUAGUAAAAGAACCUAUUGAUAUUGUAGAAGGCAUCAAAAAGGAACAAGCUGUCCGGCUUGCACAGAAGAUGGGAUUUCCACCUAAUGUUGUGGAUUCUGCAGCAGAAAACAUGGUCAAGCUUUACAACCUUUUUCUGAAAUAUGAUGCAACCAUGGUAGAAAUAAAUCCUAUGGUAGAGGAUUCAGAUGGAGCUGUGCUGUGUAUGGAUGCGAAGAUCAAUUUUGAUUCAAAUUCAGCUUAUCGCCAGAAGAAAAUCUUUGAUCUCCAGGACUGGACUCAGGAAGAUGAAAGGGACAAAGAUGCAGCUAAGGCAGAUAUCAACUACAUUGGCCUAGAUGGGAAUAUAGGCUGUCUAGUAAACGGUGCUGGUUUGGCUAUGGCCACAAUGGAUAUAAUAAAACUUCAUGGAGGGACUCCAGCCAACUUUCUUGAUGUUGGUGGUGGUGCCACAGUCCAUCAAGUAACAGAAGCAUUUAAGCUUAUCACUUCAGAUAAAAAGGUACUGGCUAUUCUGGUCAACAUUUUUGGAGGAAUCAUGAGGUGUGAUGUUAUUGCACAGGGUAUAGUCAUGGCAGUAAAGGAUUUGGAAAUUAAAAUACCUAUUGUGGUACGGUUACAAGGUACACGAGUGGAUGAUGCUAAGGCACUGAUAACUGACAGUGGACUUAAAAUUCUUGCCUGUGAUGACUUGGAUGAAGCUGCUAAAAUGGUUGUAAAGCUCUCUGAAAUAGUGAACUUAGCCAAACAAGCCCAGGUGGAUGUGAAAUUUCAGUUGCCGAUCUGAUCUGAGAAUCCAGUGGAUGGCUGAAGGUUUUAAAUGUGCUAUAAUCAUUAAAAAUACUGUGUUCUGUGUUAUUAUUGCUCCUUUUCUCAUUCAUGUGUGAAAACUAUAAUUGCCAUCUAGACAUAAAAACUUUUAAAAGCAUUUGUUCUGCAUUUAAUUCUAUUGAGACUGGGCUGUUUGUAUAAAGAAUGUGUAAUGCAGUUAUCUAGUUUCUUUUGUUGCAGCCUCCUUUUUCACUUCUACAGAAUGCCAUUUGCAAUAUGCCAGUUUAUUUUUGUUGGAUACAUCUUUCUUCAUUAAUAUGAGUCCUAUGAAUAAAAUAAAUCUGAAGAUAAAGCUUUAUUCUUUAGUGUUAGAAAUAUUAUAUCUAAUAACUAGCCUUAUUAGUAGAGCAAUGUAUUAAAACAGUGAUGGCAAACCUAUGACACGCGUGUCAGAGGUGACACACGAACUCAUUUUUUUUGGUUGAUUUUUCUUUGUUAAAUGGUAUUUAAAUAUAUAAAAUAAAUAUCAAAAAUAUAAAUCUUUGUUUUACUAUGGUUGCAAAUAUCAAAAAAUUUCUAUAUGUGACACGGCACCAGAGUUAAGUUAGGGUUUUUCAAAAUGCUGACACGCCAAGCUCAAAAGGUUCGCCAUCACUGUAUUAAAACAAUGUUUUAUAUAAGAAGUGUUUAUCUUCAACACCAAAUACCUAACUAAGUAUAUCAAUCACUAUUUAUAAACAGAGCUUUCAAACACUCCUCAGAAUAUUCUUUUAAAUAUUUCAGUGAAGUAACUUAAUUAUUUGAACAUUAUCUUAAUUGUUACAAAACACCGAUAACUGCAAAUCUUUAUAAUCCUGUGGUAUUGAGAAGAACCUAUAGGUUUUCACCAAAUAAAGGCAUAUAUACUAAGGACUUGUCAUACUAAAUUAACAAUGUCAAUUUAAGUUAAUAAAAAUCUGGAUAAUGUUAAUAAAUAA